UUGCAAGCUGCGUGCUGUUUCUCUGACGAGCGGGUUCCUCGGUGCUCACGAGUUCUCGCGCGGAAACGCGUACGUGCGCCGACUACACUUAUCGAAAACCGAGUCGUUUUAUCGUUCGCGACCUCGGAAUCUCGAGUUUCUCGAUCACGCGGAAGAUCAUUGCGACGUGCGCGCGCGAACGUGCGUUUGCUCCGAAAAUGCAAAAAGCCCGCGAUGCGCGCGAUCGACAGAUGACACGUUCCCGCUGAAACCUGUGAAAAAGUUUUGCAUUUUUGCGCGUGUCAGCAAGGUGCGUCGCGGUCCGAAAACACGAUGGAUCGUCAGCACGCGCGCCGAUGAACAAACAAAGGGAUUUUUUUUUCUCAGCGUGAUUGACUUGCUUCGGCGAAAUUAUCGCGCGUGAUCUGUGGAGUUUGUUUUACAGUGUGAUGAGACCGGGAAGAAGCGCGUGCGAUCUCUGAGAUUCCCCGAUCGAUUCUCGGAAAAGAAUCGAGAAUUCUUCGCGUGUGUUCCGAAACGUUUUUUUUCGCACGAUCGUCGCUCAAACACAGAGAUCCAUUCAUAUUUUCCGACGGGAGAACUACUACUACUACAAGAUUAUUGUGUCUUUGGGUCCAAAAAGCACGUAUUUUCUCGAGGAAAUAACAUUUUACGUAAGGAACAUUGUGGUCCCCACUUGACUUAUUCAACGAAAACAUUUUCUCGGAUGAUCCUUUCUUAAACCGGAUCGUAUCCGCCGCAAAGAAAACGUACCAAGGAAUUUCCUACCUACCUACCGCGAGGCGCACUCGACCUCGGAGCGAGCGAUCCGGAGCGGUGUAAUCGGUGAAAGGAGAUUCAGCGCGCCGAGGGACCUUCUGACGCUGCUGCAACACCGGUUCUGCGUUCGCCAUCCUGACGGAAUCCUGCAGACUAGCCGACCGAGGAGAUUCGAGCUGCCGCAGCGGCUCGAGAAGAUCCACGAGGAACAACAAUCCGCAGAUUGCUCCAGAACGAUCGCCGUCAGACGACGCGCCACCGGUGCAUCCGCGAUGGAGGACGAACUACGAUGUCCCAGUUGCAAGGAGCUUUUUGUCGAGCCGGUAUUGUUGCCGUGCUGGCACGCGUUGUGUCUGGCCUGCGCGGUGAAUCUGCAAGCGCCGCCGGAUUCGCCGCCCGAGUCCACCGCCGACUCGUCGAACGCGCCCGGAUCCGAUCAGGAAGCCGACAAGCUGUCGAUUCUGUCCGAGACCGAUUCCGGCGUGGUCUGCAGCAGCACGUCCACCAGCUCGCGACCCGGCAGCUACGUCGGCACGCCGGGCAACGGCGGAUUCCCGCCGUCCGGCGGCACUCUCUGUCUCUCGUGUCCCGUUUGCCAGAAGACCGUCUACUUCGACGAGGGCGGUGCCCACAAUUUGCCCAAGUACCGGGCGAUGCAGCACAUCGUCGAGAAAUACCAGGAGUCGCGAAAUGCGCGGCUUCAGUGCCAGAUGUGCGAGGGAGAGCCGCGCGAUGCCACCGUCGCGUGCGAACAGUGCGAGGUUUUAUAUUGCGACGCAUGCAGAGAGUCCUGUCAUCCAAAGAGGGGCCCGCUUGCGGCCCACAAUCUGGGACCACCAAGAGGCAGCUGGCAAUCGAGCGGAGGCAAGGGAUCCCGACCCGAGGGCACGCCGGUCUGUAACGAUCACAAUGGCGAAGCGGUGACCUUGUACUGCGCUCUUUGCAAAAUCGCGAUAUGCGCUCUGUGUCUUCGCGAUCGCCACGCCGCACAUCCUCACGACGUUCUGCCGUUGGCUGCCGCUUGUAAAGCCCAAAAGACGGAGCUGUCACAGAAUCUCCAACAGCUGUCGGAGAGGGCCCGCUCGACGACGGAGUUCAUUCAAAGGCUCAAAGGAAUGACGGAUAAAGUGCACGAGGAAUGCGCGGCGCUCGAGGAAGAGGUUGAGGAUCGAGUGGCGAAUCUGGUGAGCCUUCUGCAGGCGAGGAAGUCGCGACUGAUCGAGGCCGCUCGGCAGACCAGAGAGGCGCGGGUGCGCUCGUUGCGCGACCAGGUGACGAGAUGCGCCACGCAUCUGCAGACGACCACGGCGCUGCUCACUUUCUGCAUCGAGGCGCUGAAGGAGACCGACAGCGCGGCCUUUCUGCAAAUCGGCGGCAUGCUGUCGGUCCGCGCGGCCACCGCCGCCGGUUCCUGGGGCGGCGCCGAGGGGGUGCAGGAGAUCGCUCGUCUGCCCUUGCUGGAUCUAACUCUGGACGACAAGCCGUUGCGCCGCGCCAUCGAUCAGCUCACUUUCGUCCAACUCAAACCGUCAGAAGGGGAAGAACGAUUUCCGACAGCAGCACCCGGAGCGCCUCUGCUGAUCCCCGAAGAGUGCAGCGCCGAGAACAACAGCGUCACUGUUGCCUGGCAGCCGCCACCUGGACACGGAAUUAUAGGCUGCGCCGGACAGAGGGGUCCGGCCAUCGAGGGCUAUCUCUUGGAACUGGACGAUGGCUGCGGCGGAGAAUUCAGAGAAGUGUACUGCGGCCGCGAGACUAUCUGCACGGUUGACGGGCUGCAUUUCAACUCGCUCUACAACGCCAGGGUGCGGGCGUUCAACAGCGCGGGCGAGGGCGAGUACUCGGAGCUGAUCGGACUUCAGACAGCGGAGGUAGCGUGGUUUUCGUGGGCCACCGGUGCGACCGGCAUACCGCAGGAAGUGUCCAUAUCCGAGGACGCGAUGAGCGCGUCCUGCGAGGGCUACGAGCAUCGCGUGGUUCUCUCGAGCGUCGGCUUUUCGCGGGGCGUGCACUACUGGGAGCUGACCAUCGAUCGAUACCAUAGUGACACCGAUCCGGCCUUCGGUAUCGCUCGGGCCGACGUGUCGCGCGAUCAGAUGCUGGGUAAGGACGACAAAGGUUGGAGUAUGUACAUCGACCGACAGCGAUCGUGGUUCAUGCACGGCGGCCAUCACGCGCAACGGACGGAGGGUGGCGUUCAACAGGGUUCGACCGUCGGCGUGCUGCUCGAUCUGGACACCACGCACACGCUGCGAUUCUUCGUCAACGAUCAGCCGCAGGGCGGUAUCGCGUUCCGCGAUCUAUACGGCGUCUUUUAUCCGGCGGUUAGUCUGAAUCGCGGCGUCACCGUGACCCUUCACACCGCUCUGGACGUGCCGCGUCAUCUGCUCGCGCUUCACGAGGAAUACGUCAGCGACAUGAUUCAGAGCUAGGGGUACCUUAACGUCCUCAAGAAAGGCUUGGCGCAGGAGAUCGAUUCGCCCGUAAGUUCGAACGUGUACGCCGUGCACGACAGGUGCAGGGACUUCGAAUCGGGCCAGCUGCUGGAGAAGAUCGUCGAGGAGAGCCCGACGUUGGAGGUCGACGUUAAUUAGUCGACAGAUCAUCCGAGAAAGAGCCUAUAGAGCGAUUGUAACUUCGAGUUGUUUUUUUUUUUUUUUAAUCCUCUUUCGCACGACGAUGGCGUCUUGAAUCGCAAUGAUUUUUAACGAUCCUUACCGCGAGAGGAGUUUUGUUUUUGUUUUGCAAAAUGUGUACACCCCCGGCGAAACGAAAGCGUAGUAGUUAAGCGCGAUGCUUUAAUUAUUUCUCGGAGAUUCAGGGACGCGAUAUUCUUUGCGGAAACGUAAUUUUCAACGACACACUCUUUCCGCGAUUAAAUAUCAUUAAUCGCGUACGAAUAAAAUUAGGAAUUAUAUUUCCUAGUUAAUAUCUUGUCUCCGUGCAAUUAAAAACUUUCAUUGUACCGAGGACGCGUUUAAUCCGGGUGUAAAAUUUACCUCGCGCUAUUUAUCCGGACACAAAAGGGGGUUGCCCGUGAGGGAAUAAAACGAUUCAACAGGUUUCGGAAAACUUCGGCGGAUAAGGGUUUUGCGCCGAGGGAGGGCGCAAAUUGUUGACCUUUUUGAAACCUGGGACUCUCUCUAAGUAGAAUUUCUGAAUUACUUUCGCGGCCGCGCGAAAUCGACAAUUAGUCAAGUCAAACUCGCCGCGUACGCCGAAACGCAGCGCGCGAGAAGCAUCGUCAAGAGAAAACGACUGCUUUUAUUCCAAGAUGAGACUGAAAAAAAAAUAAUUCACGCGCAAGCGUUACGUAAAUAUGUAAAAAAAAAACAAUUCACCGUCGAAAGAGACGGAGAAAGCUCCGAGAUGAAGAUUCUCCCCUUCGUUGUGUGAAAAUUAGUUCGUUCUCUAUUUAUACCGCGCGCGCGCGCUGUAAAAGCAGAAGAUAUUUUUUUUUUCUACGCGCACACUUUUUAAAAUGCUGUUUCUUUUCACUCCGACGAAUUAUCUCGAGAAAGACUUAACGCGCGCGCGCGCGCGCGCUUCUUCUCCGAGGGUCGGCGUUUCGAUCAAAUAACUCUUAACUCCUUCUGUCUACACUUACCGAGACGACCACGAUCGAGAAAGAGACGGUGUACUCGGAGAAAUUGCCGAACGCUUAACCGAAGAUGAAGCGAUCAGUUCUCGGAAGACGACAUUAUUCAAACUAGCACAAACACAGCCCGGCCGAGGUGUCGGGCAAACUUCGUUAAGGUUUAUCGCGUUUCGGAAGUAGAAGCGAUCGAAAGGUCGCGGUUUGAACAAUCUAGUGGGAAGUAAUUAUUUUGAAAA